GCAUUCUUGUUUGUUUCAGUUUGUAUCUAAUCAUAAUGGAAGCCCCUUUUGAUAACUUAAUAAUUGGCCCAACUGCCCCUGCUGAAUCCUCCUCCAGAAUGACACAACUGUCCUAUGAUGUCUUUAUAAAUCAUCAUGGAGGGGAUGUAAAAGACACGGUUGCUAGCAGUAUCUAUAAUAAAUUAUAUCCCACUGGACUGAGAGUGUUUUUGGACAAGUAUGAGCUCAAGUUUGGGAUUUUUUUCCCAGCAGCUUUAAAAGAAGCAAUGUGUACUUCUUCAGUUCACAUAGCCAUUUUCUCUGAGAACUAUGCACAAUCCCCUUGGUGUUUGGCUGAGCUGGCAUUUAUACUGCAACUACCCAACAUCAUAUUCAUCCCCAUUUUCUAUCAUGUUGAGCCCUCUGACUUAAGAUGGACGAAUGGAAAAGGGAUUUAUGCAGAAGCCUUCAACAACUAUGAAAUCAAGAACAGGUACUCAGAACAGCUUGAAAGCUGGAAGUGGGCACUCCAUAGAGCUUCCCUUUUCAAAGGCCAGAUCAUUCCAAAGCAAGGUGACGAGGAGGCGGCGGUGACGGAAGUGGUGAAUCGUUUAUUAACAGAAUUGAAGAAGGUGCGAAUAGAUGUUGCCAAGCAUCCCGUGGGUUUGGAUGAAGCGGAACAAGACUUUAACAAGAAGAUAAUUGCACUUCAAUCUGCUGCUGGGCCAAUGCCAAUUCAAAUGGUGGGCAUCUGGGGAAUGGGUGGUGCCGGCAAAACCACCCUUGCUAAGCAUCUCUUUAACAAGAAAUGCCCGUCCAUCGGUCGCUCAAGCUCAAGUUUUCUUUCCGAUGUUCGGGAAGCUGCAAAGAACAACCGAUUGCAUAAGAAACAAAAAAAGCUUUUGAAGGACCUUGGCGUCAAAGAUGAAGAUUUUGACAAUGUAGACGAAGGCAAACAGAUUCUAAGAAACCGUUUGGGAUCUGUUCCCGUGUUUAUCGUUUUAGAUGACGUGGAUCACACAGACCAACUAGAUGCUCUGCUGCCACCAAGGGAGAGCCUUGGCCAGGGCAGUCUGAUUAUUGUUACCACACGCGAGAAGCGUGUUCUUAAAGCGUGUUCUGCUGUAUAUAAAAUCAGAGCUCUGAAUGCCACUCACGCCCAGCAGCUUUUCUGUUGGCAUGCAUUCGGACAACCCUCUCCAUUGUUGGGAUUUGAGGAUCUUUCUGAAAUGUUCAUAGAUGCUUGCCAUGGUCUUCCCUUGUCACUCAAGGUCUUAGGGGGUCUGCUCUAUGGGGAGUCUGACAAGAACUAUUGGCAGUCUCAAUUCGACAAAUUGUCCAGAAUAGUGCCAGAAGAUAUCAAAUCGACGCUCAGAAUAAGCUAUGAUACUCUGGAUGAUGAAGAGAAAGAGAUGUUUCUGGAUGUAGCAUGUUUCUUCAUUGGAUGGGGAAGCAGUAGGGCCAUUGCAGUAUGGGACGGAUCAGAGUGGAAUGGGCUGCACGGUUGGCAAAGGCUCGUGAAUAAAUGUCUUGUUGAGCUAGACGAGGAGAAUCUCAUCAGAAUGCAUGAUCAUUUGAGAGAUUUGGGGAGGGAGAUUGCCAAUAAACGAUCACCCUAUCGUCUUUGGUCUAAAAGCCAGAUUAUCGAGAUUCAGCCUCAACAGGAAGCAGUACGAGUCCGAGGAAUGGCCUAUGCAUUUGGUGAGAAUUGCAAUUACCACCUCGGGCAAGGAAAGGUCAUAAUAAAAACAAACCAAGGAGAGCGUAGCCUUCAGCCCGGCUCGCUUGGAUUAAAGAUUUUUAUUGGUGAGGGAGAUUUUAUUAAUGAGAAAUAUAGCAAAUUAGCAAAAGAACUCGUCUGUCUUGGCUGGAGUGGCUUUCAGCACAAAAGUCUUCCAUCCUGGCUUUCGUUGAAAAAUUUAAGAAUUUUAGCCCUAUCUUCUUCUACGAAAUUAGAAGGUUUGUGGAAGCGUGAUGCGGAUGUUCCUUCGGCUUUAAAAGAGUUAGUUAUUAAUGAUGCCGACAAUUUGAAGAAGAUCGAAAGUUUAAGAGGACUUAGAUCACUGGAGCAGCUGGAGAUACGCUAUUCUCCAAGAUUAGAUGGGCUUCCAAGUCUUGCAGAAUUAACUUCUUUGAAGAAGUUUGUAUUGUUUAGCUGCGGCGAACUGGAGAUGUUAGAAGGUUUAGAAAGCUUGAGAUCAUUGGAGACACUCGAGAUAGAUGGGUGUAAAUUAUUGAACACCCUUCCAAAUCUUGGAGAGUUAACUUUUCUGCAAAAAAUUGAAUUGAAUAAUUGCAAAAAAUUGAAGAGGAUAGAAAGUUUAAAAAGUCUUAGAUCACUAGAGGGGCUCGAGAUAUGUGACUGUCCAGAAUUAGAUGGGCUGCCAAGUCUUGGAGAAUUAACUUCUCUAAAGAAGUUUGAAUUGAUAGAGUGCCACAAAUUGGAGAAACUAAAAGGUUUAGAAAGCUUGAAAUCAUUGGAAACACUCAAGAUAAAUAAUUGCAAAGGGUUGAACACCCUUCCAAAUCUUACAGAGUUAACUUAUCUGAAAAAAAUUGAAUUGAGAUGCUACGAAAAAUUGAAGAAUAUAGAAAGUAUAAAAAGUCUCAGAUCAUUAGAGGAGUUGGAGAUAUGUUACUGUCCAGAAUUAGAUGGGCUUCCAAGUUUUGCAGAAUUAACUUCUCUAAAGAAGUUUGAAUUGAUAUUGUGCCACAAAUUGGAGAAGAUAGAAGGCUUUGGAAGGCUGAAAUCAUUGGAGACACUUCGGAUAGAUCGCUGCAUAGAAUUGAACACCCUUCCAAGUCUUGCAGAAUUAACUUCUCUAAAGAAGUUUGAAUUGACAGGGUGCCACAAAUUGGAGAAGAUAGAAGGCUUUGGAAGGCUGAAAUCAUUGGAGACACUCCAGAUAGAUGGCUGCACAGAAUUGAACACCCUUCCAAGUCUUGCAGAAUUAACUUCUCUAAAGAAGUUUGAAUUGACAGGGUGCCACAAAUUGGAGAAGAUAGAAGGCUUUGGAAGGCUGAAAUCAUUGUGGAAACUCCGGAUAGAUGGCUGCACAGAAUUGAACACCCUUCCAAGUCUUGCAGAAUUAACUUCUCUAAAGAAGUUUGAAUUGACAGGGUGCCACAAAUUGGAGAAGAUAGAAGGCUUUGGAAGGCUGAAAUCAUUGUGGAAACUCCGGAUAGAUGGGUGCACAGAAUUGAACACCCUUCCAAGUCUUGCAGAAUUAACUUCUCUAAAGAAGUUUGAAUUGACAGGGUGCCACAAAUUGGAGAAGAUAGAAGGCUUUGGAAGGCUGAAAUCACUGUGGAAACUCCAGAUAGAUGGGUGCACAGAAUUGAACACCCUUCCAAGUCUUGCAGAAUUAACUUCUCUAAAGGAGUUUGAAUUGAAAGGGUGCCACAAAUUGGAGAAGAUAGAAGGCUUUGGAAGGCUGAAAUCAUUGUGGACACUCCAGAUAGAUGGGUGCACAGAAUUGAACACCCUUCCAAGUCUUGCAGAAUUAACUUCUCUAAAGGUGUUUGAAUUGACAGGGUGCCACAAAUUGGAGAAGAUAGAAGGCUUUGGAAGGCUGAAAUCAUUGUGGAAACUCCAGAUAGAUGGGUGCACAAAAUUGAACACCCUUCCAAGUCUUGCAGAAUUAACUUCUCUAGAGAUGUUUGAAUUGACAGGGUGCCACAAAUUGGAGAAGAUAGAAGGCUUUGCAAGGCUGAAAUCAUUGGGGAAACUCCAGAUAGAUGGCUGCACAGAAUUGAACACCCUUCCAAGUCUUGCAGAAUUAACUUCUCUAGAGAUGUUUGAAUUGACAGGGUGCCACAAAUUGGAGAAGAUAGAAGGCUUUGCAAGGCUGAAAUCAUUGCGGAAACUCCAGAUAGAUGGCUGCACAGAAUUGAACACCCUUCCAAGUCUUGCAGAAUUAACUUCUCUAGAGAUGUUUGAAUUGACAGGGUGCCACAAAUUGGAGAAGAUAGAAGGCUUUGCAAGGCUGAAAUCAUUGCGGAAACUCCAGAUAGAUGGCUGCACAGAAUUGAACACCCUUCCAAGUCUUGCAGAAUUAACUUCUCUAGAGAUGUUUGAAUUGACAGGGUGCCACAAAUUGGAGAAGAUAGAAGGCUUUGCAAGGCUGAAAUCAUUGCGGAAACUCCAGAUAGAUGGCUGCACAGAAUUGAACACCCUUCCAAGUCUUGCAGAAUUAACUUCUCUAGAGAUGUUUGAAUUGACAGGGUGCCACAAAUUGGAGAAGAUAGAAGGCUUUGCAAGGCUGAAAUCAUUGCGGAAACUCCAGAUAGAUGGGUGCACAGAAUUGAACACCCUUCCAAGUCUUGCAGAAUUAACUUCUCUAGAGAUGUUUGAAUUGACAGGGCGCCACAAAUUGGAGAAGAUAGAAGGCUUUGCAAGGCUGAAAUCAUUGCGGAAACUCCAGAUAGAUGGCUGCACAGAAUUGAACACCCUUCCAAGUCUGGCAGAAUUAACUUCUCUAGAGAAGUUUGAAUUGACAGGGUGCCACAAAUUGGAGAAGAUAGAAGGCUUUGGAAGGCUGAAAUCAUUGGAGACACUCCACAUAAAUGGCUGCACAGAAUUGAACACCCUUCCAAGUCUUGCAGAAUUAACUUCUCUAGAGAUGUUUGAAUUGACAGGGUGCGACAAAUUGGAAAAGAUAGAAGGCUUUGGAAGGCUGAAAUCAUUGGAGACACUCCAGAUAGAUGGCUGCACAGAAUUGAACACCCUUCCAAGUCUUGCAGAAUUAACUUCUCUAUACAAGUUUGAAUUGACAGGGUGCCACAAAUUGGAGAAGAUAGAAGGCUUUGGAAGGCUGAAAUCAUUGGAGACACUCCAGAUAGAUGACUGCACAGAAUUGAACACCCUUCCAAGUCUUGCAGAAUUAACUUCUCUAUACAAGUUUGAAUUGAUAGGGUGCCACAAAUUGGAGAAGAUAGAAGGCUUAGAAAAAUUAACUUCUCUAUACAAGUUCAAAUUGAUAGGGUGCCACAAAUUGGAGAAGAUAGAAGGCUUAGAAAGUCUGAAAUCAUUGUACACACUCAAGAUAGAUGACUGUCCAAUUGUAAAAUUAACUUUCCCUGAAGAUAUUAAAUUGGAUAAUCUGGAAGUACACGCCUGCUUGAAGGCGCCGUUGAGAGUCAACUUGGAGCAGCGUGAGGGAUUGAAGUCGCUGGUAGUCGCAGCAAACGACAUAUCAGUUGUAGAACCAUUCAUCAGUAAAAUACAGACACCGCCAAGAGCAUUGAUAAAAUGCACCAGGUCAGUGAUUGACGCGGGCUCGCUGAAAAACUUCUUAACCUCUUUUCCUCUGAAAAACAUGGUCGAAUUUGGAUCAUUCGGAGGCUUAAAAUUCAGCAGGCCGGAGACUUCCGAAAAUGCCAAUGCCAUUCUGAUAUGUUUUACUAUAGAUGAUGUUUGUCCCACCUUAAACUUCCAUAUAGUUACAAACGGAGGCAAUGAGUUUUACACAGAAUUGACUAGUGGAAAAUGGGUAUGGAUGGGCGUGUUCCGGGAAGGUUCAGAUUGGCUUCAGUCAAAACGACACGAAAUUUGGGCAUCGAGCGAGGAGAAAGAUGUGAAAAUAAAAGAGGGGUGGGUAGUGAUGGGCGAAGAGGGGAGCAUAGUAAGGGCUUUCCAUCAUCUUUCCCAAAGCUAAUCUUGGAUGUCAACUCAAAUACUUUGAGGUGGGAGUAGUUUCAUUCUUCUAUUCAGUUCAGCAUGUGUGCAUCCUUCCUCCCUCAGGUUGUGGGUCUUCACUUUUCUUUUUGAAUGUCUACUCAUCCUUGCACUAUGCAGUAUUCUUGUGACUAUUUUUCUACAAGAUGUCUUUCAAUUCAACAAGCAUCCACAUUGACUAUAGUAAUAUGUGUUGUUUUUUCCUUGGAACAUUGAUCCAGGAUCCAAAAGACAAUCUCAAAAUCAGACGAUAUAUGGCCAGUCAAAGUUUAUUUGAAAAAAAAGGGUUGAGCAGGUGCAAAUGUUGAUAUCAGCAUGGCAUUGCAAGUUCAAGUUUCAUUGAUGUGGCAUGCACAGUUGGCAUGUUGAUGUGGGGUAGAUUUAUUUUGUUUAGUACUGUUGGUGGCAAAUCCUUUAAAAAGUGAUCGAGCGUUUUGAAUCCCCGACCUCUCAAUUUGUUUUUAUUUAAAUUUUGAGAUGAGCCGUGAAAGAAGGAGCUCGGGAUCCCUCGCAUUAUAUCUUCUAAAACUUAAUUUAGCCAACCCGAUUUGUUUUAAAAGAUAGGGAGCUCAAAUUAAGGAUAGCCUAGGGAAAUAUAAAGCCCAUUUACAAAAAAAGGAUUUUAAUUAGACUAAGGGCAUAGUUUAGGGGAUUUGAAAAUAUUAUUGUUUUACCCUUUAGUUAGAAUAUGAAAGUGUAUAUAAGGGAGAGUUUUUGGCUUGUAAAAACAAUUAAUUUCAUUUGAGAGGAAUUAGAAUUCUCUAGAGUUGGAGAAUAAGAAUCUUGAAGAUUUUUGUAAGCACAAAGAGAUUUGUCAAAUUGUAAUACUCUUCAAUGUAAUUGGGUUAAGAUGCAAUUGAAGCAUAACCUGAGAAGGAGAGUACGUGAGUGUCUUUAGGUGCAAGAGGAGAUUGUGAGAGAAAUUGUAAUGCGGGUAUGAAGCUUGUGUGAUGUAAAAAGAUAUUUUAAGCUUGGCGUCAUUAAUAAAGCGGUCCUACAUUGAGAAGUGGACCCGGAGAUGUAGCUCAUAUUAUUGAGCGAACUCCGUUAUCAA